AUGUCUAAAAAAAGAACAACAAUAAAACGAUCAAGAAAUGGUUGUUUAAGUUGUAAAAAAUUACGUAUCAAAUGUAAUGAAUCAAAACCAACAUGUGAAUAUUGUUUACAUACUAAUCGAGAAUGUAUUUAUACAAUUCCUAAAUUACAAGAAUAUCUUGAUACUUUUUCAACAUCAUUAGAAAUAUUAGAAGCAAUACUGACAUCGGAUCAAUUAUUAUUAUUAUCAACAACAACAACAACAACAACAACCUUAAUUACAGAAUAUUCUUUACCAAUUGAAAAAGAUUAUUUAUAUCGAGAAUUAAUUUUAACUCAACCAACAAGUAUUUUAGGUAUAUCAAAAUUUGAAUUAAAAUUAUUAAAAUUUUAUGAUUAUAAAUGUAUAUCAAAUUUUUUUUCUUAUAAUAAUAAUCAACAAAUUCAUAAUACUUGGAAAUAUAAAAUUCCUCAAUUAUUUAAUCAAAGUAAAUUAAUUAAAAAUAGUAUAUUUGCUUUAACUUCAAUGAUUUUACAAUCAACUUUAAUUAAUAUAAAUUUUAAUGAUUAUUUACAAAUUAAUCAAAUUGAAAAUAAUUUAUUUAAUUCAACUUUACAAUAUUUUUUCAAUGUUUUAAAUCAAACAAAAUCAAUCAUCAACAACAACAACAAAGAAGAUGAUGAUGAUGAUGCUAAUUUUAUUGAUUUUCAAAAUGUUAUAACUGCAAAAGAAUUGACAGUUUCUAGUACAAUAUUAUUUACAAUGUUAGCAAUUAAUCCUAAUAAAUUAUUACCAUUAAUAUCAUUUGAUCAAUCACAAUCUGAUUUUUUAUCAAUUUCAAAAGGUAUAGUAUUAAUAAUUACUAAAUCUAGUCCAAUUAUAUUUGGUUCUGAUUUAAUUGGAAUUAUAUAUUAUGGAACUUUAAAUGGUAUUAAUCCACCUAAUUUAAAUAAUCCUAUUUCUCCUAUAAUAAAAAAUUUAAUUGAUGAACUCAACAAAAAUUAUCACCAUCACCAAUGUUACCAAUGUUACCACCAAUGUUACCACCACCAAUGUUACCAAUAUAAAGCAAAAUAUGAAAUCUUUUAUGAAACAUUAGAUAUAUUAAAUAAAGGAAUUUAUGCAACUCAAUUUUUUGAAUUCCCCGUACCAUUUUUCCGAUGGAUAAAUUUAAUAUCGGAUGAUUUCCGAAAAUUAUUAUAUGAAAAAGAUAAAUAUAGUAUUAAAUUAUUAUAUAUAUUUUCUAUUUUAUGUUUAUAUUCUGGAUUUUAUUUAAAUGAUGAAAUGAAUAUUUGGAAAGAUUUUAUAGAUUGGUAUAUUAAUAACCAACAACAACAACAAGAAGAAGAAGCACAAGAAGCACAACAAGGAGGACAAUUUGAAUUUUCAAUGGAUAAGAAAUUAUAUCAAUUGAUAAUAUUGGAGAAAAAACGAUGUGAUAAAUUUAAAGAUUUUGCUAAAUUUGAUCUAUAA